UAUAUCGCAACUACAUGCAUGGUCAGUGGAACGCGAGGCUCGAAGAUGAAUGGACUAGGCAACACAAAGAACGAACUUUAAUAUGCGGACUCUAAGAGGUUGUACCUGGGCCUUCUAGGGAACGUGCGUUUAUCAUGCAUCGUCUAUAGUCGAGUAUGCUUGCCUGGCAACAUCCUAGUUGGACGUAUACAACGACCAGACUCGAUUGUGCCUUUAUAUUGGAAGGGUCUGCAGGAUCAUGUCCGUCUUUUUCCAAGUACUUAAGAACUUCGAUGAGUCUUGUUACCCAUUACAAACGUGUCUCGCCGGCCUUUGUUGGAGGCAGGCGCUAUUGCCGGUUCAGACUAUUCAGGUCUACCUAGCGCGGCGAUGUCGUUCUCGCAGUCAUGUACUCCGCCCACGAUAACGGAAGUGAUAUUCUCACUCUAUCCUUAGGCACCAUCUCGGGUUGGGCGCAUACGUCUUUAGCUGUUGCUGCUGCUCGAUUUGUGGAAGCAGGCGUACCCAUCACUGUUGCCGCCGGCAAUAAUGUUCUGUUUGGCCUGUUUCUCACUUCUCCACCUAGAAUACUUCUCAAAUAUUUCAGUGAACUCCCGGAGAUCAGCAUGCUUGAGGUAAUUGCCGAGGCGUGCAACACUCUGCCACCAAGAAUACCUGACCUGCCUGACUACAUAACAUUGGUUCGAAGGAGAGGGUGUCUCUUUAUACAGAAACUCGAGAUCGCCGCAGCAGCCGGCGCGCGCCUCGUGUUGAUAUACGACAAGGCCAGAGGCAUCGAAGGCGUUGGCAUGGUAACUGCGCAACAAUGCGCACAAUGGGUCGAUCUUUUGGCGCCGAACAAUACCGUCGAUCUGAGCACCUUGGAUCCAUUUACUUUCCAAACUCUGACAACCAAGCCAGAUACGCUACCCGGCGGUUACCUAAGCAAUUUACCUCCUGGGGCCCCAAUUACGAGCUCGACGUCAAGCCGCAAGUUGCAGCACGCAGGGAUCACAUCUUAUGCACGUGGCGCAAUGACCGUCUUGGACAGAUCCAGCCUGCUUCUUCGCAACUCGGAUCAUGCUACACCAGCCCUGAAUUUCACUAUCCACAACCUGGGCUCACAUGAUGUUGCGUAUUCUCUGGACCAUAUCAACGUUGUCACAGCACAUACGCUCGACCUCGACUCUAUCUUCCCAUCGUUAUUUCCACUUGAGCUUUUUGAGUGUGCUGCGGAGCUGCAGUUCAGUGAACAAAAGCUCUUCGUAGCGCUACGAAACCAAAAAUCGUGA